CCAACUCCACAGUCUGGGCAUACCCCAGGGUGUCUGAAUCUCCACAGAGACACCGUGAGCAAAUGUGUGCUUACUGCUGUCACACUCACAUCAGCAAGGAAAUCGGAUGAGUGCACAUGUCCGUCGUAGAAUGAGUGGGGUCACGAUGGUCCGUAGUGGGAAAAACGGUGACCUUCAUCUUAAACAGAUCGCGUACUAUAAGCGCACAGGCGAGUACCACCCGACCACACUGUCGAGUGAGAGAAGCGGCAUCAGAAGGGCGGCUAAGAAAUUUGUCUUCAAAGAAAAAAAGCUGUUUUAUGUUGGAAAAGACAGAAAACAAAAUCGUUUGGUAGUUGUUUCGGAAGAGGAAAAAAAGAAAGUGUUGAGAGAGUGCCAUGAAAAUGGCCCUGGUGUCCAUCACGGCAUCUCCAGAACCCUCACUCUAGUGGAGUCCAGCUACUAUUGGACAUCCGUGACCAAUGAUGUCAAGCAGUGGGUAUAUGCUUGUCAGCAUUGCCAAGUAGCGAAAAGCACAGUUAUCGUAGCACCACAGCAGCACCUUUCCGUGGUGGGAAACCCGUGGAGUGUAGUUACUGUUGAUCUGAUGGGACCUUUCCAUACAAGCAGCAGAAGUCAUGUGUAUGCUAUGAUCAUGACAGACUUGUUCACAAAAUGGGUUAUGAUUUUGCCUUUAUGUGAUGUUUCAGCAUCAGAAAUUUCUAAAGCUAUUAUCAAUAUAUUUUUCCUAUAUGGACCUCCUCAGAAAAUAAUAAUGGACCAAAGAGAUGAAUUCAUUGAUCAGAUCAAUGUAGAACUGUAUAGAUUAUUUGGUGCAAAGGAGAUUGUAAUUUCUCAAGCGUCUGGAAGUGUGAAUCCAUCUGAAAGCACGCCCAGCACGGUGAAAACAUUCCUCUCCAAACACUGCGCCGAGCACCCCGAGACCUGGGACGAGGAGCUGCCAGCUCUCUCCUUUGCCUUCAACGUGACCCGCGUGGAGCCUACUAAAAACUCGCCGUAUUUCCAAAUGUUCAACCGGAACCCUUGCUUGCUCGAGUGUCCUCAUGAAGGGGGAGGCGAAGGCACAAGCGUGUUCGCCAGAAUCGUGGCUGCGGUUAGAGAGGCUGAUGGCGUGGUGGAGAACCAGACACCAGCAGCAGGCCAGAUGGAGAGCAGCACUUCAGAGGAGCUGAGUAAAAGCAAAGUUGCUAAGAAGAAACCAAAGCAGCUAAACCCCUUCCACUUGAAAGUGGGUCACGAGGUGUUAAGGCAGAGGAAGAACUGGUGGAAGGAUGGCCGCUUCCAAUCUGAGUGGGUUGGUCCUUGUGUCAUCGACUACAUUACAGACAGCGGAUGCGCUGUCCUCAGAGACAACACUGGAACCAGACUCAAACGACCUAUCAAAAUGUCCCACCUCAGGCCUUACGUGAGAGAGCCAAGUGAGCAGGACAGUCUUUAUCUCCUGCAAGGUUCCAUAGUGGCGGAUCACGACUACAUUGGAUUACCUGAAAUCCCAGUUGGAACAUACCAGGCUAAUAUUCUGGUGGAAGAUGCAACGAUCGGGAUUGUUGAUAAUGAAUUAUUGAUAUCAAGCAAGGAUCAUGAACUCUUAGAAUAUAGAAAUUCAAAAAUCUCUGCGUUGGUAGAAGACCACAGUUCUCUUGAGAAACAGACUUUCAGUCUACUGGAUUCUUCAAAUCAAGUUCUUGAGUACCUCAGUUAGUGAAUACCAGAAUGAACUUCGAAUGCUUGCAUAGAAUGUACAUAUUUCUAGUUUGUAAGUAUUUUAUCUAUUAAAAUAGGUUGUAUAGAAGAGAAAUCUUGGUACUAUGUUAAUAACUAAAUUCUGAAAGUUUAUUUUAAACCUUCCUAAGUUGUUACAUGUUUGAAUACAAAUAAAUAUAUGUAACAGAAGUAUACACUGCAUAGAACUCAGAAGUUUAUCAGAGAACAGACAAACUAUAUUGCUAGGAAGUAAAUUCUAGUAGUGAAAUCUCUUUUUUUCUAUAUUGGUACAGCAUUUUCUCUUCUAAUUUUUCAGCAGUAUAACCCCUUUAAAUAAAUUUAAACUAAUUAUAGUUUAGUUAAUAAUAUUUGAGUCAACAAUAACAUAAAUGAAAUGAAACUUUAUCUCUGACAUUGGAACUUUUUUUAAAAGGUUUAUUUAUUUAUUUACUUAUUUAUUUCAUGUAUGUGAGUUCACUGUCACUGAAUUCAGACACACCAGAAGAUGCCAUCAGAUCCCCAUUACAGAUGGUUGUGAGCCACCAUGUGGUUACUGGGAUUUGAACUCAGGACCUCUGCAAGAGCAGUCAGUGCUCUUAACCACUGAGCCAUCUGUCCAGCCUGACGUUGGAACUUUUAAAGUGUGUGUGUGUGUGUGUGUGUGUGUGUGUGUGUGUGUGUGUGUGUGUGUGUUUCUGAAUGUGGUGUAUGGGACACGCUGAUGCGGAAGGCGAAUGGGCACCAGCCAGAUUGAGCACUGGGAUCCAUACAGGGAUCCACUGCAGCAGUAGAGCAUACUCCAGCUGAAGGGCACAUGACCGAGGGAAAGAGUGAACUCUCUGACCUCCUAUCACAGACCAAAGACAUUGCAGGUAGACUUCUAGAAAGAAACCAAAAAGGAGUGGGUAUAGUAGCCUUAGCCUGCUCUUCUCAACAGAGCAGAACUCAGGAGGGAGCCUACUGCAGUGCCUACAUGGUCGAUGGUGAUUGUGUCCUUUGUCAGCACAAUGACGUCACUUUCUUCUAAGUUUCCUGUAGAGAUCAUCUGAUUAGAAAUUGGCCUAUUUUACUUGUUCUAUUUCAGGAGACCAGUUAGCUUUCGUGUUUAUUUCUGAGCGACAGAUUCUGAACAGCUAAAAAUAAAGUUUUUCGUUCCUAAAUAAUUUCUCAUCAGAUUUUUGUGUGUGAGUCAUAUCAGGCUACAUUAUUCUUCUUGCAAAUUAUCCCCAGAUCUUAGGGGCCUAGAACAAUAAAGCUUUAUUUCCUGGC